AUGAACACUACAACUAUUUUCUUUUCUUUACCAAACGAUUCUAAUUCUAUAGCAAUAAAUAAUCAAUCAUGGUUUAUUCCUCUCGAUAUUAUAUUGAUUGUAUGCCUUACCUUAGCUUUUAUAUUGAGUUUAGUAUUUUUAUGUAUUAUUUUACUUGAUAAAACAUGUCAUACAGUUGCAAUGAUGCUUGCUGCUAAUUCAUGCUUUGCUGGUCUUUUCUUUACGUUUACUUUAAUUUGGAUGACUAUCAUUUCACUUCACAAUGAUCUUAAACAAAUUCAAUAUGAAGAUCCACCUUGUAAACUUCGAACUUAUAUUAGUUAUUCUGGUGUUUGUGCAUUAUUUUAUUCUUAUUUAUUACAAGCAAUUUAUCGGUAUAUGCUGGUUGUUUACCCCACUCGUUUAUUAUGGCAAUCAACAAAAUUUCAAUUUUUCCUCAUUAUUUUAACGUGGAUAGCUGCCUUCGUAGGUACUUCUCCAUAUAUACCGUCUGGUGAGAUUAGAUAUCAUGUUGAUGAUCAAAUAUGUCAAUUGUAUCUUCAUGUUUCUAUUAUAUUAAUUUAUGAUGUACUGUAUGUCUAUAUAAUACCAAUUAAUUCUACUAUAUUUAUCUAUUUCAAAUUGGUUCGUUAUGUUAAACAAAUAAACAGACGUACGACACAUGCAAACACUGUAUCGCGUGCACAAAAAGAAUUACGAAUGGUUUUUCGAAUAGUUAUUAUUGUAUUAAUCUUAAAUAUACUUGGUUUGCCUUAUUUAAUUUUCGUAAUUAUGGGAUUAUUUACUCAACCACCAAAAUAUCAUUUUCGUAUUGCUUUUACAUUUGUCGAUAUAUCAUUACUUUUGAUUAUAAUUGCUUUAUUCAGAUUUACAGAUCCCGUUAAAGCAUCCGUUCUGAAAAUAAUAAACAAACAACAAAAUAUAGUGGUAGUGCCAGCGAUAUAA